UGUAUUUACGUAAAUGUGAAUUGGAAAUUUUCCCAAAAUUUCGUAUAUAAAAAAUCAAAAUAUUUGAUUUAACAAGGAUAUUAUAUACUCUGAUUUAGGAGACUUUAAUUUACGGAAUAGGUACCUUUAUUUUCAAAUAAAACAGUAAAAAUUGGGUUCUAUUUUGGGUUAAAUUUCACAUAAUGUUGACUUAUAUCCAAUCGAAUUUAGUCUUUUAACAAAAUGCUUGAGGGAUUGAUCACAUGGAUACUAAAUAAUUAUUUGGGAAAAUAUGUUCAGUUAAAUACUGAUCAGCUUAGUAUAGCUUUACUAUCAGGUAAAGUUGAACUUGAAAAUGUUCCUCUUAGAUCUGACGCUCUAAAGCACUUGGGUCUGCCUAUUCAAGUAAAGAGUGGCUUUAUAGGCAAAGUGCAGUUACAAAUACCAGUCAGACAAAUUAGAUCUGCUCCUUGGGUUAUAGCCUUUGAACAGUUAUAUGUUGUUGUCAGUCCAUUGCCUGUAGAUGAGUGGGAUCAUGAAACUGAGUUGUCCGCCAAAAAUGAUUUGAAAGUCAGCUCUCUAGAUAAUCUAGAGGCAAAAUGGAGGUUAGAAAAAGAUUUACAAGGUUCAAACUCUGCGUAUUAUGCAAGCAGCUACUCUUCGUGGUACAGUUAUGGGGCAGGAUUCGUUUCAGAGAUAAUAGAAAACCUCCAGUUGAGAAUACAGGAUGUGCAUAUACGUUAUGAGGACUCUUUAAGCAUCCUUGGAAAAAAUGUUGCGUGUGGUGUCACUAUCAGGUCAUUAUCGGCACACAGUUGCGAUUCCAAUUGGGUGCCAGGUUUUGUACAGUACGGGGAAGCUGACCACUCCUAUAAGCUGAUAGAACUGCACGACUUUGCUAUUUACUGGGUGAAUUUGAACUUUGAUGAGCGCUUUUCUACUCUAAACGUCGCGCAACUGGCUGAAAAUAUGUGCCCGAAAAAAACCAAUAAAACCAUUAAGCACUAUUUAUUACCUUGCGUUACUGCGCAGGCGCAUCUCAAGCGUAAUCGCAGUACCAAUCCUCUAAGAUCAAACUCCACCCCAAGGAUUAUAUGUGACUUGUCUUUAGAGGAAGUACCGUUGACUUUAAUAGAUUGGCAAUACAAUCAAGUAAUAUCAUGCAUCAAGGGAUUGGAUAAAAUAGGCCGACUUCGCGAGUACAAGUGGUUCAAACCUUUCACUUCUGUCAAAGAAGAUCCCCGAGCCUGGUGGCUGUACGCUAUCAGUUGCUUGUAUCCUGGCGGUCAGCCUGCGAUUUGCAGACCGAAACCAACUUGGGAAUCUUGUUUACAAAGGGCGCGGCAAAAUGUCAAGUACCUUCAGGUCUAUAGAAAACUUCUUAUUACUCCCUCUGCCGCUCUAACAGCGGAGGAAAAGAAGCUGAAGCACGAAGUUGAGUGGGAUAGGGAUUAUGAAGAUUUGAAAGUUUUGAGGGAGCUCGCUAUGAGUACUAUAACACUCCCAGCUCAAAAUCAUAACAGCUCUUCUAAAGGGCGAAGCAUGUUGGAGAGUUGGUUCCCGCAGUGGGUAGGGUGGUAUUCGUCUUCGUCGAGCGACGUUGCAGUGACGGCUUCCCCCGAAGCGAAACAGCUGGAGGGGGAAAUCCUUCAGGUGCUCGCUGACACUGUCGAAAAUAACACGGUACUCAAAAGGGAUGUCGUUUUCGGUCAGUUUAAUUUCUGCCUGAAAAGCGGUACCCUAACUUUGUGUGCCGUCGACGUAGAAGAAAAAGAGUGUUGUCCAAUGUUGGAGCUUGAGUUUAAAAAUUUAUCGCUCAACAUUUUAAGUAAGCCUCGCACCGCGUCCCAUCUCAUCGAAUUAUCACUCGGCGCCAUUUUCCUAAGAGACAAAAUAACCUGUGAUACGAUGUUUCCGAUUCUCGUUGGUCCGCCUGGGCAAGAUCGGAUGGCCGCAGCUCGCACGAGAAUCGGUGUAGGUCCUAGUUCUAGGAUCGCGAGCGGUAGUUCAGGUAAACUGGAAGAAAGCAUGGACCAAUUAUUCUAUUUGGUGUACGAGAAGAAAACGCCCAAUUCAGGCUGUGAUUAUAGGCUAAGUGUAAAGUCAAAAUGUCUAGACGUAGUUUAUCAACCGAAUGCGGUCAGAUGGUUGACCGAUUUCGUAUGUUUACCUCACCAACGGGACGUAGCCCAGUCGAGGAUCGAAGAGAUGAAAUUGAAAACGAAAAUGGAGUUGAUCAAGAAUUGGGAGCACUUGUUGCAAGGGAGAGUCGUUACGCACAACACUUGGGACAUCGAUCUCAAUAUUUCGGCGCCACAGAUAAUAUUUGUCGCGGACUUUACCGAUCAGAAUUCCGCAAUGGCGGUAAUAGAUUUCGGUAGGCUGCAAUUGAGGAAUAAUACCAACAGCGUCGAGCCUCCCGCUAAGCCAGAAUUCAUUACUAAGGAAAGCGAAGACGACGAUACGUUCUUAACACCUUGCUCCACCCCUCCUGUGAGUGAAAACAGUGAUUCCGGCGAACAUACUUUAGAACAGGCGUCGCAGUUUGAGAACUAUCCAGAUUUUGCUUUGGACGAAGUCAAUUUUCAUAAUAGGCUUUACGACUGCUAUUGUUUAGAUCUUAGCGAUUUGCAGAUCCUGAUCGGCAAAGCGAAAGACAAUUGGCGAUACGCUCUCCAUAAAGGCACGUCUCCUUUACAUAUCCUGGACAGAUUUAAUAUCUCCAUCCAAAUCGAGCGAAGAAUAGUAUAUACCAGCGACCCGCUCUAUCCUAGUUUAACAUUAAACGCGAACCUACCAAAACUAGUAGUUCAUUUGAACGAGAGCAAAAUUUGCUCUACUCGAAAUUUAAUCCAUCUUAUUGCGACGACCGGUUUACCGUCCCCGUUGAAAUCUUCCGAUAGUUUCGACGGCGAUACGGUAGAUGGCGCGCGGAGCGGUGAUGGCAAUGACGAAUCGGUUAGUGUCGACACCAGCGCCGAAAUUUCAAGGUUACUGAUGAUGCAGUUUACUGUGGAUCAGCUGUCGUUAGAGUUACAAAGUCGCGGCAGGUGCGUCGCCGAGCUACAGGUGGCCGGCGUUAAAGUCUCGUUUACCAAGAGAGCGAUCGAUACCAGCGUCACCCUAACGGUGCAUAGCCUGUUGCUGGUCGAUGCGUUGCAAACGUUUGGUCCCGACUUCGAACUGCUGGUGGCGAGCCACAAGCACGUGGGUAUGGAUUCGAUGUCCGGCAGCUUAAGAGAUAGCGAACCCACCUCGCCUACCUCGCCCGCUAGUCCUGACCCCACCAUUGGGAGGGCGAACGCAACUUCGCCCGUUGCGUUGACUCAAGCUUUGAACACUUUGUCUACUUCGCCGCCCCAUUGGCCGACCAUGGUCCGUAAUGGUUUCUCCAUCGAUUCCGAAGCCUUGAUCACGAUCGAAGUGGUACUGGUAUCUGGCCAGGAACCUCUUCAAAUAGCCAACAUUCAGUUCAAUAAUUUGGACAUAAUCGCGAAUCAGGAAACCAUUGUGGAGCUGAUGGGUUUCAUUAAACGUGUAUUCCCCAAAGCCCAAAGGCCGUCCGGCGUGAAUUUGCCCCCUUUUGUACCUUCGAGCGCCAAAUCGUCUGCCGAAUCGUUGCUGGAGGAGGCCAGUUCAAAUAUACGAGCGUCGACGGAAGUCACUUUCGAUUUUCACCGUUUGAACGUCUUGCUACUCAGGGGCGUGCUGAAGGACGGAGUGCUCUGCGGCAAGAAGAUUUGCACUGCCACAAUGAACGAUGCGAAAGUGUGUGCCACUGUCGACGACAAAUUCGAAGUUUCCGGCUCUUUGGGGGGAUUGCAGGUACUAGACCUAACGCCUGAAGGCCACAUGCACCAAAGGAUAGUCAACGUCGGGCGGGAUAUGCUGAUCGAUGGGCCCCAUCCUUUGUACGCUAUGUCCGUGCUACACGAGAACGACCAGAAGGCGUUUAGUUUCAAAGUGGUCCGAAACUUGCACAAAAACGACAUCGAUACCGCCGACGUAACAAUACGAAUGGCGUCUCUCUGGUAUACGCAUUCCACGAAGUUCGUCUACGAACUUCAAUCUUGUGCCACGGAAUUCAAGCAGUAUUUGUCAAAUUUGGCGAGGUCCAUACGUACGGCCGCAACUGAUAUGGCUCUGGGUUUGGUCCACGCGAGAGCCGAAGCCCUAGCUCAGUCUCUCAACAUGAACAAGAAGUUGCCAGGCUCGAUCUAUGGCAGCGCCCUUUCGUUUUCGGAAAGCGCGUCACCGGGACGCAGGCGCAGGCGGAGUAGUUCAAAUGAACAUUCCAAUUUUUCAUCGGCAAGGAAUACCAUGCCCCAAACGCCUUACAGUCCGGAAGACGAAGAAGACUAUACUAUCGACAUAAAUCUGGAUAUCGAGUUGGACAGUCCGGUGUUGGUUUUGCCGCGGAAUUAUACUAGUCCCGAGGUGUUUGUGGUACACUUGGGCAGGAUUAACGUCAACAAUAGUCGGGCGGAUCCAAACAAUUCGAACGGUUACAAUUUCGAGUUUGAGGAGCCGAGGACGGAGCAUUACUACGUCGAAAUCAAAGAUAUGAACAUAUUUUCUUUGAACACCAGCUCGAGAAGGGUACCGGGAGGUAUAAUUAGCCGUCCGGAGGUGUUGUACAGUUGCAGGACGCUGGCCAAGCCGAUAUUGCACGACACCAUUCUUCAGCUUAAAAUUGAUAGGGAGAUAAAUAAACCCUUGCGCGGCGAUAGCAGCGAAAAUCUAUUGAUCGAUGGUGAUAAUGACAGCAGCUAUAUUAAACCGUCGGAGUUGAUCCACACAUUCGGAACCGUGGUCACCGCUUUGAAAGUGUCGUUAACGCGCGCUCAAUACGAACAAUUACUAGACACGAUUCAAUUUGUAACCUCGUCGCCGAAAACGGGCGACCACCAGAGCGUAGCAAAAGCCCAGUUUAGACAACAAUCUAGCCUCGGUCAGAUCAGCGAAGAGGAUACGGGAGUGACUACCCUAAACAUGGAUCCUCACGUCAGGGCAAAGCUGUUUCCCGCGGGCAAUACGGCACAGAAGUCGAAAAAGGUGGCCCAGAGCCUCGGGGUUUCCCUUAAGGUCGGUUUCGAGGUACCCGUGUUCACCGUCGAACUCAGAAGCGACAUCGUCGACGGCGAACAAGGUUUCGUCGAUUUGUCUUUUAGAGAUUUCGUUUUUAACGUCGAGCGCUGCCACUUGUACGAAACCAAUAUACAGAUAUCCCUUAGAUCGAUCUUUAUGGAGGAUUUGUCUCAGCCGGAAGGCUCAAGGCAGAGAACGAUGAUGGUGUCGUCGUCUGUACCCGAAGCUCCUCCAAGCGCCACUUGUAUAUCAAAGUCAUGUCCGGACGUGAUGUACUCGCCUUAUAUGGGUUCCGUGUCGCGCGGUUCUUUACCCGACCAUUUGGAGACCGCAAACGUGUUUGGCGUCCACGUGGCGAACAACGCCUACCAUCCGAAAACGCGUUGUCCGAACACUCCACCUCCAAGUCCCACCCCUGGGAGCGGUCGGACGAAACCCGAACGAAACUUGGUGCUGAUAAGCAGUCUGUUGGUUGAUGCUAACGCGCCAAAUUUUGACAGUUACUAUAACUCGCUCACGCGGUCCACGUCGAUUGAUUUCAACUGUUUGGAUUUGAUGGUGAACGCAUCGUCAUGGGCGGCCCUUGUCGAUUUCUUCGACGGUACCGCGGAUGGAGGUUCGGGGUACGACGCUACGUCCGACGCCAAUUCGACCUACGAGAAUGUCAUCGAGAAAUCGACUACGAAGGCCAAAGUCAACACCAGCAUCACCGUGUGCUCUUUGACGGCGGUGUUAGUGAGGCCGGAUAAAGAGAUCGCCAGAGCGAACAUCUCCAACGUGGAGGUGGUGAUAAAGACGCAGGGGUUGCGCAAAGAAGUGGACGGCAAACUAGGUUCCAUGUCUCUAAGCGAUUUGACGCUGCACGGUCAGAUUUACAGGGAACGGUUCAUCACAUCCGGAAAGGACGUUUUGCAGUUUAAAUACCUAAGGCACUCGCCCAAUACCAAAAAGGACUAUGACGGUCAGUUAACAUUAGAAAUGACUUCUGUGAUAUACGUCCACACCAAACGGUUCGUUGCCGAAAUUCAGUCGUUUUUAAGUAAAUUUCACGAAAAACGGAACACCGUUAUCAAAGGAAUUCAGGCUGCCACCAGUGGGAAACUAGUUAGGGACGACCCUUUUCGAUUAUCGCUAAUCUUAAAAGCCGUUUCACCUAUGAUUCUGUUACCAGUUAGCUCAAAAUCGACCGACAUACUGGUCACAGAUCUCGGCCAGUUAUUGGUGACUAACGUUUUCAAAUUUUCCGGCGAACCGGGCACUAUUAGUGUUUUAUCGGACCCCGAAUCGAACGAAAGGUGUCUGCUGGACGUGAUGUCCAUCAGUUUGCAAAACAUGGACCUUUACAUCGGCGUAAAAGAGAACGACCUAAGUCCCGUCCAAAAUAACCUGGCCGGUAGUUUUAAAUUCGGCUCCUCAUUUAUAAUGCGCAAAGGGCCGUCUUUGUUGACUAAAAAAUUCGAGCUCAAGUUACAGUAUGAAAGGAAUUUGCACAAACACAUUUGCCGCAUAGUACCAGACUCUAGUAUUUACGGUCAUCUCUCCACUUUGGACGGUUCGCUGGAUCUGCAUCAGUACAAGUUGAUUCGUGGAUUGUUGACUUUCAACUUGGGCGAGGACACCGAGAAGAUUUGUCCUUCCGUGACGACGGAGGUGAUCAACACAGGGUUUGAUGCGCGUGAAGAAUGGACCUUGCUCUCUAUAAAAAUAAACAUGGAGAACGUAUCUUUGCGUUUUGUUACGUCGCAUUUGUAUCAUUCGCCCCUCGCUUGUAUAAAUUUUAUAAGAUCCCACUUGACGAUGGAAACAUUCAGCAAUCUGAGCCAAGACAUUGAUUUGGUAUCUCAGGAGAUAAUAGUAAUCGAUACCAGGUUCCAUGGGUGCGAACGUACGAGCCAGUGUAACGUUUUCACCAGUAUAUUACAGCCAGUGAAAGAUGUUAGAGAUAGUGAUUUGGUACAGGCUGAAAUACAUAGCAGAAAAAGGCAAGAUCAUACGAGAGUCACUAUACUUUUGCAUAACAUGAGGCUGAUGGUGAUAUUUGACUGGUGGGAUGCAAUAAGGGAGUACAUCUUUCAAGAAAUCGAGAACAUAUCGUCAAGUCCGGAUCACAAAGGCGUCAGCAAACAGCGAUAUCCGCCACCCAAAGCGUCAUUUGAAUUAAAAUUGAACGUAACCAAUUCGGAAUUCGUCGUGGUUGAAGAUUCCUCCCAAUGGGACACCAAUGCCGUUAUUUUAAAAAGUACCACGGUUAUAAAGUACCGCCCCAAUCACCCCGACAAACCCCUGUCGUGUAGCCUAAACAAUUGCGAAAUGUUUUCUUGCGUUCUGGGCGUGGAAGAGGAUACGGCGUUGUCGAUCAUCGAUCCGAUCACUUUGAACGUAGAUGUCGCCAAAGGCGGGGUCUUGGAAGUCCAGUUGCAAUUUUUGACGAUCCGGCUGUCAUAUCACGACAUGCGCAUGUUUCAGCAAAUGCUCGAUUCGUUGCCCAAGCAGAUGCUCGCUUGGCGGAGCAGGGAAUCGGUCCAAACGCCGAACUUAAAAAAUAAAGUGGCCACGUUGUCCGCCCUCGGGUUCAGCGAGGCCGAUUGUUUGGAUGCGCUGGAAAAAUGCGGCAACAAGUUGGACGACGCCGCCAUAUGGCUGACAAAUAAUGCCAAGUCUUCUCAGUUUGAUAGCGAUAAUAAUCCAUUAACGAUAAGGGUAAUCGAGAUCAAGGCAAAUUGUAUCUCGCUAUGCAUCAUCGACGACUGCGGCGAUUCUGACCUCCCACUUCUGGAACUGUCAUUUUCCGACCUCGAACUCAGUCAACUUCUGCCCAGUUUCAGCGUAAGGGACCCGGUUCAUCCUCAGGGCUAUCUGUAUUGCAGCUUGGCUAGCGAUUACUACAACAGAGUGUUGUCCGGCUGGGAACCGAUCGUCGAGCCAUGGAUCUGCAAAUUGUCUUGGGAGAAGGUUUUUUCGCAAAGCCUGCUGAAGAACCGUAUAAUGUUGAGGGUCGAUUCCGCGUACACGUUCAACGUGAAUAUAACUUCGACGUUCAUGGAUUUAUACAAGCAAGUGAAGGAAAACUGGAUGCGUGACUUUUACACCCAAAAUUCGUCGAACUUUGGUUCUGUGUCGAAUCACGCGAGUACGAGCGGAUUCAGGAGGCGCACCCCUUUCGUUCCUUUCGCGCUCAAAAACGAUACCGGGUCGUCGUUAAAGUUUACCAUGAUCGUAUCGGAUCUGGAUACUUUUAGCAAACCGACGGUGUCGAGUAGCGAUGAGAUUUGGCAUGUCGUCGAACCGGGCAAAACUGUACCGUUUUCCUUUACGGGCAGAGAUAAAUUGAGACAUAGGAAUUCGCACAAAACGAAAUUACACCAACUGGGUGUAAAAGUGGAUGGUUGGCAGGUCAUUGAUCCCGUUACCGUCGACAAAGUGGGUACUUAUUUCAGGGACGUUUCCGCAGAGAUCCCGAAUAGGUUCGUGGACAUUCCUCCGGCCCGGGUUGUAUUUAACGUCGCCUUAGAGGGAUCUGCGAGAAAGUUAGUGACGGUUAGGUCCGCCCUGGUGAUUAUAAACGACCUGCCAAAUCUAAUGGAGGUAAAAUUGGAAAGUCGACUGCCUCACGAUUCGGUCUCUAUGUGGGUACCGAGCAGAUUGUUCACGAUAAACCCGAUGGGCAGUUUGGCCGUGCCCUUGUCACACGCGCAAGCUCAGUCGGAGAUUAACGUGAGACCGGCCGGUAUGCCUUAUCAGUACACGUUUUCUGCGUCUGCGCUGAGUUGGAAUCAGAUGCCCGCCAACGUCGACAGGGUUUUCCUGACGAGCACGUGUCACACUCACAAGGGACACAAUUACAGAUUUUGUGCAGAAGUGAUAAAAGAAAAGAUCCUGGUGGAGCAAAACGUUCGAGUCGAACAACCGGCCCAUAAAAUCGUAUUAUUACCUGCCCUUAAGUUGGUGAAUUUGUUACCUUUGGAUUUACGUUAUUCCAUUGCGAAUGACGGCGGACAUAUCAAGGCCGGCUCGAAUGCGUCCUUAGUCAACGUUGACGUGAGCCAACCCGUAGAGCUAGAAUUUAAAAUCGAAAACUUCAGCACCUGUUCGAAUUUGGUAAUACCGAUCGGGAAUGCGGAAUUUUCGUGUAGGGUCAAAUUCGAAGACGAAAAACGCCGCAAAUUGUACUUGAUCGCUAAAGUAUCCGUCAACAAAGGAGCCCGGAUAAAGGUGACCUUGUUUUCCCCGUACUGGAUCGUAAACAAAACCGGCCUGCCUUUGGUAUUCAGACAGUCCAGCGGAUCCGCGGAAGGUGCCGGACAGUUUUCCGAACACGAACAAGCGAGAAUGGUCGCUCCUUUGCUGUUUAGUUUUUCCGAUCAGGACGGAAGUCACACCAUCACCGCGAGGGUUGGUCGAGGUGUCGGCUGCAACGGCACCCCUCAGUGGUGUUCCAAUUUUCACGUGCGAAAAGGUACACAGUAUAGGAAACUGCACGUUACCAUGCGAGACGCUAAACCGGAUACCGUCUUUAUCGUCGGUAUCGAGGUGCGAUCUGGUCGAGGUAAGUACCGGGACACCUAUAUAAUUACGAUAUCUCCCCGGUACCAGCUGCACAAUAGAAGUUCCUACAAAUUGGUGUUCGCCCAGACUUGCUUCACGAAAGAUUUGUCAGAUUCGCAAUUUCAAAAAACUAGCCUGAGGACUAUGCCGAACUCCUACAUGCCGUUCCAUUGGCCCCGGCUGGACAAAGAUCAACUGUUGUCCGUGUCCAUCGAGGAGAUACCGGACUGUUGUUGGUCGGGCGGAUUUAAAAUCGACACCAACAGUUCGAUGCACGUCAACAUACGCGAUGCCAACGCUCGCGUAUACUUUCUCCGCCUCGAGGUGGUGCUCCAAGGGGCUACGUUUUAUGUCGUUUUCACCGACGCCGAUACGAUGCCGCCGCCGAUACGCGUCGAUAACUUUUCCGAAGUGUCCAUUAAGUUCGGCCAAAGUUGUUACAUCGAGAUCAUGCACAGCACGGCGAGGGCGCACUCUAGCGUGCCCUACGCCUGGGACGAACCUACCAGAUCGCACGUCAUUAAACUGAUCGCUCCCGGGGGCGUGUCCAACAGCUACAACAUGAACGCUCUGGGUCCCGCUACCGGAUUGACUUACGAGAAUUUUAUUUACAUCGCUUUCGUCGGCACUUUUAAAAGCGUACAAAGGAUACGCGAUCCCCACGACGUGGAGUCUCAGGAGCUCGUCUUAGACGUGGGAAAAAACAACAAGGUUAUCCUGGCGCGAAAAAUACACGGCCAGAGGUCGCAACUGUGGCGUAUGACUUCGGAAGGUUAUUUGCAACACGAGGGAAGCAGCCCGCCCAGUCACCCGAAUGCGCCAAGGUCGACGGACAACAUCCUGGUGCUGGACAUUGCCAACACGGCACCUCAGCCGAUUACAUACUCUAGGGUUGGAUCUAAAUUUUCUGUUACUAGACUGACACUGAGGAGGGUGGACCCGAGGAGACAGUCGACGCAGAAGUGGCACUUUACCGAGGAAGGUCGCCUGUGUUGCGAGCAUAACAACAUGUGCGUGCAAGCUGAGGACGGAUUUUACGGUCUGAGAGAAGGUGGCGCCGCGGUGUUGGGUCUGCCUCAGCCAAUAUGCCAUCAGGUCACCAACAAAGGUGUGCCGUUGGAGCAGGCGAUCGAACGUCAAAGGCUCAGACCGGGAUCGGGAUUUCUAUCCGUGUCGAUCGCCAUGGACGGACCCACCCAAGUGAUUACGAUUAAAGACAUGAAAAAGAAACGAUUGUACGCGAUGCCCGAUGACCGUGAGUGGGGAACCAUAUCACAUAAACAAAGGCCGAAGUUGACAUUGGAAGAUGACGAAGAAACGCCCAAAGAGACGAGAGAGUUCCAGUUUAAUCUCGACCUCAAGGGUAUCGGAAUCAGCUUGGUGUGUCGUAAAACGCCCGAGGAACUAAUCUACGCUCAUUUCGCCAACAUUGUCGCGGAAACGAUUAUCACUCCGCAAACUAAGCAAUUUUGCAUCAGCGUGAAAGACGUGCAGAUAGAUAAUCAGCUGUUAGACGCCUCCGUGCCUGUCGUCUUAUACGUCACGCCCCCAAACUCUAGAGACGGCGACAAGGCUCACGACUACUUGCCCGCACUCGAUUUAAAAUCGGAAGUUCAGGAGCAGUUGAACGAAAACGCGGUCAUAUUUAAGCAUUUAAUAGUGAGACUGAAAAAGAUAACCGCGAUUAUAGAGGAAAAAUUGUUGCUAAAAAUAUUCGCAUUCGUCGGGUUCCCGUGGCAACAGGAGGAGAAUAUCAAUAGGGACGAGAACGAUUACGAGACCCAGCGAUUGUUGAGCGAAGUGUCGGCAGCUAGCGCCAAAAGGUAUUACUUUGGGGUGUUGAAGCUGAUUCCGGACGAGAUACGGUUGAGCGUCCGUACGGCCACGAAAUUGUCGAAGCAUUUGCAGAAUAUCAAGAAAAAGAUGAACCUGACCUUGAUUAGGUUCGAAGACGCGGCUAUUCUUCUGGAACCGUUCGAGAGAAAGCAUCCGUUUGAGACCAGCCAGUUUUUGUUCAAGUCGAUUAUAAAGCAUUUCAAGGACGAGCUGAUGUGGCAGGCGGCCAUCAUAUUCGGUUCGAUAGACUUCAUCGGUAACCCGUUGGGACUGAUGAACGACGUGUCGGAAGGCGUGUCCGGUCUCCUCCUCGAAGGCAACGUUACCGCGUUGGUGAAAAACGUCACCCACGGUUUGUCCAAUUCGGCAGCCAAAGUUACCGAAUCUUUGUCCGACGGCCUGGGCAAAAUCGCCAUGGACGAUUGUCACGAGGAGAAACGGCAAAAAAUAAGACAGGUGGAAAGCGGCAGAAGCUCCGAUCACCUGAUCGCCGGCGUCAAGGGUUUGGGUUUCGGUUUUUUGGGCGGCUUCACCGGCAUCUUCAAGCAGGUGUACGAGGGCGCCACCUCCGACGGUAUACCUGGCGUCGUGUCCGGUUUGGGAAAAGGUGUGGUCGGUGCUUUCACGAAACCGGUCGUCGGCGUGUUGGAUUUCGCGUCUGAAACCGCACGAGCCGUACGAGAUUCCAGCAAAAGUAAGUUGAUACCCGAAAGAAAUAGGCUGCCCAGAUGCGUGCACGGUCCUGGUACGUUACUGCCGCGAUACGAUUUCCGACUUAGUCAGGGGCAGCAGUACCUUUACGCCGUUAACGACAAAAAUUACGAUGAGAAAUUAUUGGCGUACCAAGUGUUGGGCAGCGUUUCCGAGGAUUUACUCUGCAUAGUGUCAGAUAAAAUGAUCAGGAUCGUGACAGGCGUUAAGAAUAUGGAAUUGACGUCGGUGAUCGAGUGUCCUCUGGGCGAUUUGGAAAUUUGCAACGUGAUUAAGGACAAAGAGGGCAACGAGACGCGUUAUUACAUAGAAAUCGUAAUGCAUUACGCGGGUCUUAACGCAGCCCUCGUCUCCCCGGUUCCGAUCAAAAAGCCCCGCGUCCGAUGUCGUACCGCCGACCUGGCAGUCACUACUUCGCAGCAGAUCAACUACGCCAAAGCUCUAUACAUGGAGCACGUGUCGACGUUGAGUAGCGACGACAAUAUCGCAUCUUUUGAAGACUGA